GCCGGAAGUGUUCAUGUGUAGCGUUUUAAUCUGUUCCGUCGUAACUUCGUACAAGUUCGUAGCGGUGUUUGUGUCACGUGUCACAGUCGCACUCUCGUGUUUGUUUGACUGCUCUGCCUCGCACUCUGUGUUGCACGAUGAGCGCCGUUCCCCAUGAACUUGUCAGGCUUUGAAGACGCACCAAGCCAUGUUUAUGUCAGAUGCUCUCCGGAGGUCCUUGCGAUGUGCGCUGAGCUGUCCGGCCAGAUCCUUUUCCGGACCGGUGGGCCGGCGGCUAGUUUUGGGUGUAGAGACGAGCUGCGAUGAUACGGGAGCCGCCGUGGUGGACGAGGAGGGCACCGUCCUUGGGGAGUCUCUGCACUCCCAGAAAGACGUGCAUAUAAAAACUGGUGGCAUUAUUCCGGUAGUUGCCCAGAAACUUCACCAGGAGAACAUAGCCAGAGUGGUGCAGAAUGCCUUGGACUGGAGUGGCGUUGCGCCCGGUGAUCUGUCCGCAGUGGCGACCACUGUGAAGCCCGGGCUGGCUCUGAGCCUCAGGGUGGGUCUGGAGUACAGCCUGAGCUUUGUGCACAAGCACAAGAAGUCUUUCAUUCCUGUUCACCACAUGGAGGCACAUGCCCUGACUGUUAGGAUGAUCCAGCCUAUGCCGUUCCCAUUCCUGGUGCUACUGGUCUCAGGGGGGCAUGGCCUCUUAGCCAUGGCGAGGGGCGUUGACGACUUCCUGCUGCUAGGCCGAGCGCUGGAUGAGGCCCCGGGGGAUACUCUGGAUAAGGUGGCAAGGAGGUUAUCCCUGCAGAGCCGGCCGGAGUGGGCGGUGUGCAGCGGGGGGCAGGCCCUGGAGUGUGUGGCCAGGGCAGGUGACAGGUCCAGGUUCUGUUUCACAUUGCCAAUGGCCCAGCGCUAUGACUGCCACCUCUCCUUCGCUGGCCUCCGGAACCAGGUGACCCGAGCGAUCGAGAUGAAAGAGGAGGAGGAAGGGGUGCGGCCGGGGGAGGUGCUGUCCUGCGCCGGCGACAUUGCAGCGGCCACUCAGCAUGCUGUAGCCGCCCACCUGGCCAACCGCACGCAUCGCGCCAUCCUGUUCAGCAAGGCCAACGGCCUUCUGCCUCAGAGUGAUGCCGCCCUGGUGGUGUCAGGGGGUGUGGCCAGCAACCAGUACAUCAGGCACACCUUGAAAAUGGUCACCGAUGCCACUGGCCUACAGCUGAUCUGCCCUCCACCCGAGCUGUGCACUGACAAUGGGGUCAUGAUUGCGUGGAAUGGCAUUGAAAGACUCAGGGAGGAGAAGGGGGUCCUGACACAUGGACAACAUGUUAUGUAUGAGCCAAAGGCACCCUUUGGAACUGACAUCACACAGCAGGUAAAGGAGGCAGCCAUCAAGUUACCACAGCUGAAGCUGGACAUGUGUUGAUGACGAAAGUGUUCCUGUUUUUAAUAAAUAUUUAUGCUGCAGUAAAUAAAUUAAAUGAA